ACACACACACACACACACACACACACACAAUCUGAGGGCGAGGCAGCAGCAGAGUCUCAGAGUUUUUCUGCAGCAGUUCGUCGAGUUUUCAGUGUUUGUGUUCGACAUGGUGACUACCGAGACCCACCAGAGCCAGGACCUGCUGGUCCCCCCCAAGAACCAGGACCAGCAGGACCAGCAGGACCAGCAGGACCAGCAGGACCAGCAGGACCAGCAGGACCAGCAGGACCAGGACCAGGCCUCCUCCCCUCUGGCAGGCCUGGAGCUGGACAAGAUGAACCAGGGUCCCGUCAACGCCAUCACAGUUCUAACGCUGUUGGACAAACUGGUCAACAUGCUGGACGCCGUGCAGGAGAACCAGCACAAGAUGGAGGGCCACCAGGUGGAGAUGGAGGGCGUGGUCAGAGGGAUCCAGGCUGAUAUGACCAAACUGUCCAAGAGUCACAGUCACACGUCCAACACCGUUAGCAAGCUGCUGGACAAGAGUCGCAAGCUGUCGGUCACCAUGAAGGAGGUCCGUGAUAGGAUGGAGCGUCAGGGCGUCCAGGUGAAGAAGCUGGAGGCAAACCACGCCCACUUGAUCGCCAGGAACAACUUCAAAGUCCUCAUCUUCCAGGAGGAGAACGAGAUCCCGUCCACGGUGUUCGUGAAAGAUCCUCCUCCGUUCCCUCGUGAUGAGAUCCUGGAGGAACGUGAGGAAAGCCUAGACAGGAACAGUUCCACUGGCUGCGGGCUGCAGACCAUCGACCUAUCGUCUGAUGAGGAUGUCGGUCUGGAGGCGGAGCUAGAAGAGGAGGAGGUGUGGCCUCACGAUUUGGAGAACAUGGAGAAAUCCAGAGCCGAGAAACUGAAACGAUCCAGCCUGAAGAAGGUGGACAGUCUGAAGAAGGCCUUCUCCAGGCAGAACAUAGAGAAAAAGAUGACAAAGAUUGGAACGAAGAUCGUUUCAGCGGAACAACGAGAGAAGAUCAAGCAGAAGACCUCCAGCCUGAAGGUUUCCCCACUGAGCUUCAGCAUAAGGAAGCCUCGCAGCAGCUCUGACUCCCAGCCUCCAGAGGGCUCAGCUCCGACCCAGGAGCCACUCACCACCGAGGCCGACAUCCAGCUCUCUCCUCUGGGCAGCAGCGACCUGGACGUCCCCUUCACGGAGGUACACGCCCAGCUGGCCCCGGCUGAACACCAGGAGGAGGAGCUGAGGGAGGAGGUCGAAGAGGAGGAGGGGAAGGAGGAGGUGGAGGUGAAGGAGGAAGUGGAAGAGGUGGAGGUGAAGGAGGAAGUGGAGGAGGUGGAGGUGAAGGAGGAAGUGGAGGAGGAGGUGCCGGUGGUUCUGGAGGCCGAUGUGUCAGUGGCUUCUGAGGGGGUUCCUGAGCAGUACGCUCUGUCCUCCACCCUCCCUCAGGAGGAGAAGGAGGACGAGUCCUAAAGUCUCACAACAAACCGGAGCUGUCCAGACCAUCUUAAAGGAACAGUGGAACCUUUAGGAGGAUCCUGUGAGGUUCUCCAUCCUUUUCCUCAGGUUCCUUCAGAAGUUUUGUCUUCAGUCUUAGAUUCAUUCAAUGAGGCGUCGUCUGUUCUCCACGUUACAUUCAGCCAGGAGAGUAGAACACGUAGAACUGUUCCUUUAAAGUCUGGAGCUCCGGAUUGCUCUGAGAAGACAAACGUUCCUCUUCCAUUGAUGAACCUUCAGAUAUCUGAUGGUGUUUUAUUUAACGUCUUAUGCGUGACCCUGAGAACCUCGUAUCUCCAGAACAGGAACAUCUAACAUUCCAUCACCCAAACAUUUUCAGGUUAAAGUUUGAAUGAUGUUGGAGAACUCUGUAGGUUAGUUCUACUACUGAUCUGGAACCUGAAGAUCAAACAUGGAGAUAGAGGGUUCUACAGGACCGCUAGAACAUAUCUUUAUAUUGAACGUUCUUUACAUGCUCUCUCAGUUUGAAUAUCACAGAUUUAUAGACGAGCACCUGGCUGAUGUAUAUUGAUCAAGAACCAGAAAGCAACACUGGAACCAGUGGAACCCAACAACUUAUCUAGAACUCAGAGAUCUCUGAGGGAAACGUGGUGCUAAACAAACUAAAUGUUCUCCUGUGGUUCCACCAUUAAUCCAAAAAUGUUCUGCUGAACUGCCAAGACCUUCCAAGUUUCCUCUAAUGAUCAUUCAGGUUCUUCAAACUUUGCAUUAGGGCUAUGUCAGGUUCCACUAAGGUUCCUGGGAGCAUCAUAAGGUUUUUCAAAGGUUACCAUCAAGUUUUUACCAACAUUCCUAAAGAGUUCCACUAAGAUUCAUAACAUUAUGUAAACAUUCCACCAAACCUAAAGUUAAGAUCUUGGGUUCCUCUGAGGUUCUUCUAAUGUUCCUCACAUUUUCCGCAAUGACUUCCUAAUUUCUUCUUUGAUUCCCAUUAACUUCCACUGAGGUUCCUUUGUGUUUACAACAAGAUUCCCCUAAGAUCUCAAUGAUUUCUUACGGUUCACAUAAGAGUUCCUUAAGAUCUGUCUUCUUUCCCCCAUGGUUCCCGUUAGCUGCUCCAAAGUUUCUCUACAAGUUUCCACCAACAUUCUCCUAUGGAUCCCUGAACAAUCCUCCAGUGUUCCACCAGGGUUCCCCUCAAUGUUUCAUGAUAUUCCGAUGCAUUUUUCUCACUGAAAUCCAUGGUUUCCUAAAGGUUCUUCUAAUGUUCCACAGUGUUUUCUCAAAGUUCUUCCAAAGAUAUCUUUAGCAUUCCCAGAGGUUUGUCAACAUUCCACUGCAGUUCCCAUAAUUUUACCAUGAUGUUGUUGUAAUGUUCUCCCAAUCUGAAGUGUUUCUCCAAAUGGUCCCCUGAUGUUCUCCAAACAGUGUUCCUGAUGUUAUGCUACUACUAGUGUUCUUUAAUGCUCCUCCUAUGUUCUCCUAACAUUUCACCUGGUGUUCUGCUAACAUCAUCCUAACGUUCUCCUGACGUUUUCAGACGUUCUCCUUUUGUUCUCCAGGGGGUUCCAUCUGCUUUAUAGUUUCCAGAUAGCUUACUCAAGUCAGAUGUUUCCUCUGAUCAAUAAAUGAUAACGAUUGAUCAGUUGAUUGAUCAGUUCGGUCUCUGAGUGUUGGAGCUGAUUGGUUCUGCUGAUCAAUAACCUGAUCAGACUGAUUGAUUCAUGAGGUCAGAUCUGCUGCUCAACUGUUGCUUGUUUUCUUUUUUCUUUUCACACAAACAGAACCUAUGUGCCAAAGAACGCUUUUUUUGAUUCUGAUCACCUGUCGAUCGGUCUGAUUGAUCACCUGAACUCUGCAUGUAAUCAAUAAAGUCAGUGACACCA